AACACUAAUCGAACCAACUAGUAGCUGGUUCCCUCCGUAGUUUCCCUCAGGGUAGCUGGCGCUCGUCAAGCAGUUUUCUCCUGUUAAGCGAAUGAAUAUUAUGGAAAUGUGUUUGUCGUUUAUUUGUAUACAGUCCCGCCUUAGAUAGCGAUCCUAGUCAUCUACCACAGCGUUGUGUAACCAAGGGUGUCAUGUCAAGGCUAGAAAUAGAAGGCAGAUGGUUGUUCAACAGCGUCAGAUGCAGUGAUGCGUGUCAGUAACGCGAAUGGCGCAUGUGUGUACACUCACUGUGCAGUGUGUUCACUCAUUCGCCUUUGGUCAGGAAUGAGAAAUCUGCUGAAGGCAAGUCCAGCCACCAGUGACAAUCAGCACUGUACCAACCAGUACUCAGUAGUCAGUCAUGACUCGCCAGGUAUAGUGUUGUGUGUGUUGUGAUUAUCUGUAAAAGCAGGCCCAGCCGCCGACAGCCUGGGGUAGGACGAAUACACACAGCGUGUGACAGCGGGUUAUUUCUUCCACAUCCCGUACCCUCCAUGACUCUCUCUAAUAUCAACACUUGUGAGUUAUAUCUAAAACAGUGCUUGCUUCGUGAGACUUGGAAACAGUCUGAGACAGCGGCGAUGUCAACCUGGAUAUGUCUUGCAGUCGUGGCAUAUGUCGUCCCUGUGGAUCUCACCACGAAAACUGAGGAGAUCUGUACAAGCUCUCCUUCUUCAUCCCUGAAUCUGACGUGUGAGACAGGGGAGAUGCUCCAUGUGAUCAGUGUACAGUACCAGAACAUGACCCCGAGUUGCGAGUCUCCACCUGGUGCCAGCUGUGUGUUCCUUCAAGAGACUCAGGCUGACAGUCUGUACACAGACGACUGUAACGGGGUGGCCACGUGUCAGAUGGAGGUGCAGAAGUUCUGGGUGGACACAUUGUGUGGAGAGACAACAACCUACCACGCUGUGAUAUCCUAUGAAUGUGUGUCUGACGACCCGGUUGAUGUUUGCGACAACGUGACACAUCUCUCCAGAGAAAAUGACAACAGCCUCUAUCUUGCGUCGCCCAAUUAUCCACAUGGCACCAUCUCAGGUUCUGGCACGUGCACGUGUGACGUCACAGGGGGCGACAUGAAUGUGACUGUCCUUGAAUACUACUUCCUCCCACUACAGGGUGUGAGAGCCAAUUUGACUCUGACUGGAGACACUACAACAUGGGCGUCAUUUACAGCGGGAAUACUGGUCUAUAACAGUUUAGUCAUUGGAAACACGGACAGACUGCGGAUAGUGUUUGACCCAACACCAACUUCAGCAAAGAAACACGAAUUUAUGUGGUUGAAAGUAGAAGGUUCAUCAACAAUACAGGUAACAUGUAAUGGCAGUCCACUCCCGACCACAACUCCAGAUACAGCUUCUGUCCCUGGUUCGUUCCCCUCCCUCUCAACUUCUAACACAACUGUCGCUGUGGCUAGAAGCUCGCCAGAUAGCGGACAGGGACAACCAGAAUAUGGUGACGAUGACAAUGUUUUGACGGUUGUGUCCAGUGUUUGUGGCGUGGUCAUCGUGGUUCUACUGGUCAUUGUUGUCACACUGAUCCUCUACAUCAAAGUAAUGAAACCUUCCAGAAAUACUGCAGCAUCACCAGGUCAGACCAACGAGGAGCCUACCUACACACAUUAUAAUCACGUGACGGAAUCGCUUGACCACAUCGAGUCCUCUGUUCCCGCCAGUGGUGAAGGAGGCACAGUGAGUCCCACGGCCAUCUACACCGGACUCAGUCCCUACACAAACCAGGAUCACGAGUACGGGAAGCUGCACGUGUACAGUGAUGCAGGUUCUGAGACUACAGUGAGAGCUGAGGACACUGUGUAAUCGCGAGUGAGUGCAUGUUGUUUUACGUGACAGUUCUGUGACUACAGUGAGAGCUGAGGACACUGUGUAAUCGCGAGUGAGUGCAUGUUGUUUUACGUGACAGUUCUGAGACUACAGUGAGAGCUGAGGACACUGUGUAAUCGCGAGUGAGUGCAUGUUGUUUUACGUGACAGUUCUGUGACUACAGUGAGAUCUGAGGACACUGUGUAAUCGCGAGUGAGUGCAUGUUGUUUUACGUGACAGUUCUGAGACUACAGUGAGAGCUGAGGACACUGUGUAAUCGCGAGUGAGUGCAUGUUGUUUUACGUGACAGUUCUGUGACUACAGUGAGAUCUGAGGACACUGUGUAAUCGGGAGUGAGUGCAUGUUGUUUUACGUGACAGUUCUGUGACUACAGUGAGAUCUGAGGACACUGUGUAAUCGCGAGUGAGUGCAUGUUGUUUUACGUGACAGUUCUGUGACUACAGUGAGAGCUGAGGACACUGUGUAAUCGGGAGUGAGUGCAUGUUGUUUUACGUAACAGUUCUGUGACUACAGUGAGAGCUGAGGACACUGUGUAAUCGCGAGUGAGUGCAUGUUGUUUUACGUGACAGUUCUGAGACUACAGUGAGAGCUGAGGACACUGUGUAAUCGCGAGUGAGUGCAUGUUGUUUUACGUGACAGUUCUGUGACUACAGUGAGAGCGGAGGACACUGUGUAAUCGCGAGUGAGUGCAUGUUGUUUUACGUGACAGUUCUGAGACUACAGUGAGAGCUGAGGACACUGUGUAAUCGCGAGUGAGUGCAUGUUGUUUUACGUGACAGUUCUGUGACUACAGUGAGAUCUGAGGACACUGUGUAAUCGCGAGUGAGUGCCAGCAAUUGCCAACCUAUAUCAGGGCGGCCAGUACAUCAGUGGAGAAUUGUAUGAGUAAUUACCCAGGCCGUCUGAUACGAUGACGUUUGUCAGAUCACACAUUGAACGCAAGUCAUCCUCAGACACCUACAACUAACAUCAGGUCACACAUUGAACACAGAUCAUCAACGGACAACUACAACAAACAUCAGGUCACACAUUGAACGCAAGUCAUCCUCAGACACCUACAACAAACAUCAGGUCACACAUUGAACACAAGUCAUCAACGGACAACUACAACAAGCACUAAACUGAGGCGUUAUUCUACCUGGGCAUCCACCCCGGUGUGAGACUUGCCCUGACCCUCGGUGUAGAUGUUGUGCAUGUACACGGUGUGGUGAUCAGUAGAACGAAGCAGGGUUGUGUGUUGUCACCGACAUUAUUUUCCGAGGAAUUAACGAUUUAGAUUUCGUUAUCAAUGUUACGGGUAACAGUUAAUGUUGAAUUGUGUGGACAAUUGAUGUAGGAGAUGAUUAAUCCUAAUAAAUCUAAAAUAAAUCAUUAUAGACCACAAUCGGUUAAACGCUCUAGUGUAUGUUUUGUUUGCGGGGGAUACAAUAUUGAGAUUUUUAAUGCUUAUAAAUAUCUUGGACUAUGGCAGCAGGAACAUCUAGAUCUGCAGUUCCCUGCUAGAGAAAUUGCCAAGUCAGCUGGAAGAGCCCCCAAUGUUAUAAUAAGUAAAUUUAAAUCCGUCGGCGGAAUGUUCUUUGUUGCUUUUAAUACUUUACAUGAUAAUCUUGUACAAACCAUAUUAACGUAUGGCUCUGCAAUUUGGGGUAAUACUUUAUAUGAUAAUCUUGUACAAACCACCUCAAGGGAUGGACCUGCAAUUUGGGGUAAUACUUUAUAUGAUAAUCUUGUACGAACCAGCUUAAGGUAUGGAUCUGCAAGUUGGGGUGAUACUUUAUAUGAAAUGCGUAAAUUGGGGUAAUAGAGAAAACAGUUGCAUAAAUCCCAUCUAAAACAGAGACUGUCGGGUGUGUUGGGGUGUUGGGAGAACUACUCCUACUUUGGUCAUAAGAGGUGAAAUGGGUGGAGGGUCAUAUAUUACAAAACAAAAAAAUAGAAGUUGUACGUUUCUUGAAGAAAUUGAAUCCUGCCCCCCAUAAAGAUAGAAUUUUGAACGACUCAGGCAUCAUUAACGGUAAUAAAUUAAACACUUUCAGAUUAUUCAAAAGUAUUCUGAACGUUUAUUUUAUGCACCCAAUAUCUUGGAAAGAUCGCGACGAAGUACAAUAUCUAAACCUCGUCGUGGUACCUUGCCUUAAGUACUAGAAAAAUGCCCUUAUACACGCCCGAAAACACCUGUUUCUGACCGUAUUUGUAAAUUAUGCAAUACUCAAAAUAUAUGUAUAUAUGUAUCGUUUUACUAUUUAUUUCAAAAUUAGCAAAUAGUGGUAUAUACGUGAUCUUACCUAUCAUUUUCAAUCACAUGUAAUGAACAAAAGUAUGUUUAGUUCCAGCAUUGAUGUGUCAUGUUGUAUUGUAUGGUUGGGAUAUAUUUAAAUUGCUUGUUUGUGUGUAUGGCUGUGUUUUAAUCAUGGGAGGUAGAGUUGUGCAGUUAUAAUGUUUUGUUUUGUAGUUAGUUGUGUGUAAGCUUGUAUUUGUGUAAUGUGUUCUAUGCAGUGUAUGGGUCGGUGUGAGCAGGUGCGUGUGUGGAUGUUGGUGUGAUGGUUCUACAUUCAUGCAGCAAGCUGUGUAGGGUGAGCAGGUGCGUGUGUGGAUGUUGGUGUGAUGGUUCUACAUUCAUGCAGCAAGCUGUGUAGGGUGAGCAGGUGCGCGUGUGGAUGAUGGUGUGAAUGGUUCUACAUUCAUGCAGCAAGCUGUGUAGGGUGAGCAGGUGCGUGUGUGGAUGUUGGUGUGAAUGGUUCUACAUUCAUGCAGCAAGCUGUGUUUGCUAACCCUAACCCUAACCCUAACCCUAACCUAACCUAACCCUAACCCUAACUGUGUUUGCUGGGGUGGGGUGAGUAAGGGCGAAUAUAAAGUGGGUUUUCUUUCGUUACUUACCUAUUGUGAAGUUUUAUGAACCUCAUGCUCUUUUUAAAAAUUAUGUGAAUUGAUGUGUAAGGUGUGGGUGUCUCAUAGCCGUCACAGGCCAAUAGUGGCAAGCCGCUCUGAUUCUGUGAUUUUUUAUUUCUGAACAGCGGGUAACACUUUAAGACAAUAUUUUUCUUCUUCUGUGUUUUGUUCAUCGAUCUGAAUGUGUUAUUGCCGCAGAACUGGAUGCAUCUUACAGCAGGAAGACACACACAAUUAUUAAAUAAUGCUUCAGUUUACGGUUAUUGUUACAAUUAUGUCCAACACAAAGGCAGUCGUUACAGCAUCAGAAGAUAAAAGAUAAUGGGUUCAAAUAGUCCAGGUAAGAGCAGCCUGGCACGAGCGAACCCUCGACUGUGAAUAUUCCACAGUCAGUCAAGAGUUGUUGGCUGUAAGUCGAGUUAUUUUAACUGUGAGUCAUUGGUUGUUAGUUAUGAG